AUGGCAGAUCCGUCCUCCAAGACCCUCGUCCUCCUAUUCUCCUCCCUCUCUCUCCUCCUCGCCUCCGCUGCUCCUCGCGGCCCCGCCAUCGGCGUCACCUACCGCCCCUCAAUCCCCGGCCUACCCGCCCGCGAGAGCGUCGUCGACGCCCUCCGCUCCGCCGGCGCUACUCACGUCCUCCUCCCCGAUCCCGACCCGGCCACCCUCCGCGCCUUCCUCUACUCCGGCAUCUCCCUCCUCCUCUCCCUCCCCAGCUCCCUACUCCCUGCUCUCGCGUCCAACCGCUCCACCGCCCGCCGCUGGCUCUCCGAACACGUCCUCCCUUUCCACCCUCGCGCCCGCGUCGCCGCCAUCUCCGCCGGCCACGCCGUUCUCUCCUCCUCCUCCUCCCCCGGUCUCGCCUCUUCCCUACUCCCGGCCGUUCAGAACCUCCGCUCGGCGUGCCUCGACCUCGGCCUGCGCGAGAUCUCCAUCUCCACCACCCACUCCUUCGAGAUCCUCGACCCGGCGCUCCCCCCCUCCGCCGCGCGAUUCCGCGAAUCCCUGGCGGAACCCUACGUCCGCCCGCUGCUGGACUUCCUCUCGGCGACCGGAUCGCCGUUCUUGAUCGAUCUGCACCCGUACGAGAUGUAUCGGAAAGACCCCGCGAUCCCGAUUGGGUACGCGCUCUUCGAGGAGGCGUCUUUUGGCUUCCGCGAGGACCCGGGGUCGAGCCUCCGGUACCGGAACCUAUUCGACGCGAUGGCGGACGCGGUGAUCGCGGCGGUGGAGGCUAUGGGAUACGGGGAGCUGCCGAUGGUGGUGACAGGGACCGGUUGGCCGAGCGGCAACGGCCUGCGGGAGGCGACGGUGGGCUACGCGUGGAGGUACAACCACGGGCUGGUGGAGCACCUGAGGUCGGGCCUCGGUACGCCGAUGAGAAGAGAAGGGGUGGCGGCGGUAUACGUCUACGAGCUGUUCGACGGUCCGACGAGGCGGGCGGAGGAGUAUUGGGGGAUAUGGUGGGCCAAUUUGAGCAGCAAGUAUGACAUCGUCUUCUCCGGAUCGGGUGGUGGUGGGCUGGGCACGGUGGCGCUGGGCUUGGGCUGCCUGGUUCUAGUUUUACUACUCUUCUGA